AUGGCUUCCUUACAUUCUCGAUCAAACAGUUUCCCAUCCCAAUCUCAUCCCAUAAUCAAUGAUAUCCAAAAUAAAUUGGAAAGGCUAAAGGCCUCAAAAGCCACGUCAACAUCUUCAAUCUGUGCAAACUUGGCCAGCCUUAAAGAUUUAUAUGAUGACAUCAAUAAUAUGAUCCAAAUGCCGACAGUCCAGCAGACCCUCGUUCGUGAACAGGGUCAAAGUUGGAUUAACGAGCUAGUCAACGGUUCUCUGAAGCUCGUUGAUCUUUGCAGUAUUUCAAGAGAUAUUGUGGUGUUAACUAAGGAAUCAGUUCAAGAGCUUGAAUCCUCUGUCAGGAGACAAGCAGAUGCUGUCAAUGCUUAUGUGGCUUCAAGAAAGAAAGUUAACAGGAUGGUCAACAAAUGCAUCAAGAAUCUGAAGAACUCUAACCAAACUCUUUCAGAACUCCCACACAUUGGAAAACUAUUAAAAGAAGCAGAAUCACUUAAUUUAUCAAUCCUAAAGUCUGUCUUGAUCCUUGUGUCCGGGCAAAAGGAAACAUCAAGCAAGAAAAGGUGGUCGAUGUUUCUUACAAAGUCGAACGAAACUGACGAACUUUGCGCAUUGAAAAUCCACAAGUCACCAAAAAGUAUGGACAGAAAAACCAUGUUGAAGGAGUUAAGCGAAUCAGAAAUGAGCAUCAAGGAAAUUGAAGAGUGCCUUGGGGCAUUUUUCCCAUCUCAAUCACACCCAAAAGUAAACAAUGUUGAAGAUCAUUUGGAGAGGCUAAAGUCCUCGCAAGCUGCAUCAACUUCUUCAAUCUGUGCAAACUUGGCUAGCCUUAAAGACUUAUAUGUUGGCAUCAAUAAUAUGAUCCAGAUGCCUUCUAUCCAACAUGAGCUCGCUUGUGAACAAGGUCAAAAUUGGAUAAACGAGUUGCUCGAGGGAUCUCUAAAGCUAGUCGACCUUUGUGGUGUUUCUAGAGACAUUGUCCAACUAACAAAGCAGUCUGUGCAAGAUCUUGAGUCCUGCCUCAGGAGGAACAAAAUUGAGACAGCCACAUCAGAUGAUGUUAGUGAUUAUGUGGAAUCAAGAAAAAAGAUCAACAAGAUGAUCAACAAGUGCAUCAAGAAGAACUUGAAGACCUCAAACAAAAACACAACAUUACUCUCACCCAUUGGGACUAUGCUAAAAGAAGCAGAGUCCCUUGAUUUAUCAAUCCUUAAGUCUGUAUUGAUAGUCUUGUCUGGGAAAAGAGAGUCAUCAGGCGAGAAAAGAUGGUCGGCAAUGCUUUCAAAGAUGACUUCUCAAACCAGACGAGUAUAUUCUCAUAUGAAGCAAGAAAGUGAAGCUGAGGAUCUUUGUGUGUUGAACAUCAACAAGUCACUGAAAAAUAUGGACAGUAAUAUCUUGUUGAAGCAGUUAAAAGCAUCGGAAAUGACCAUUCAAGAAAUUGAAGAGUGCUUGGAUUCCUUGUUUAGAUGUUUAGUGAAAACUAGAGUCUCUCUCCUUAAUGCUCUCAGCCUUUAG